CGUUUUUAAUAACAAAUUACAGUAUUUAUCGUUAAUUUAAAUUUAUUUCAAAAUAAUUUUAUAUAAUUUUAAUUGAAUACUAAUCACUUGUUUAUAACAACAAAUUGAAUGAAUUUAUUAGAGGUUUUAAUAACAAUAAACAUUAAGAAGUGAAGAAAUAUAUUGAUUACCACAAUAUUUGGUGAAUAUUAGGAAAGUGGUCAUCAAUUGCAAGAUAUGACUCCCGAUAAACAUAACAGACAGUCAUCACAACAACAACAACCUUCAGAAGCGGAUGAAUUAAACUCCAGACAUAAACAAAAUUAUGGAGUAAUUGAAGAAAAAAGUGAUAUCAAUGAUCGGACACAAGAGACAGACACUUACUUUAUGUCAACGGUUCCCAUUCCCACUGAUAUAUCGUAUGCCUUUAGUUGGCGUAAGUUAUGGGCCUUUACUGGUCCGGGAUUUCUCAUGAGUAUUGCAUAUCUGGAUCCGGGAAAUAUACAGUCAGAUCUUCAAUCGGGAACUGUAGCGCAAUAUAAACUCCUUUGGGUCCUCAUGUGGUCCACAGUCUUAGGCCUUCUUAUGCAAAGAUUGGCCGCCCGUUUAGGUGUUGUGACGGGUAUGCAUUUGGCCGAACUUUGUUACCGACGAUAUCAUAAAAUACCGCGACUUUUCUUGUGGAUUAUGGUUGAAAUCGCUAUAAUUGGAUCCGAUAUGCAAGAAGUGAUUGGAACAGCUCUCUCCAUAUAUUUACUGUCUCAUCGACUUAUUCCUCUUUGGGCAGGAGUUUUGAUAACAAUUUUAGAUACUUUUACUUUUCUAAUGCUUGACAAAUAUGGCUUAAGAAAAUUGGAGGCAUUCUUCGGAUUUCUCAUAACUCUUAUGGCCAUUACAUUUGGUUACGAAUAUUUCAAAGUAAAACCAAAUGAACUUAAAGUGGCGGAAGGAUUAGCUCUACCCUACUGUAGUGAUUGUGGUUCCAGUGAACUGCUGCAAGCGGUUGGCAUAAUUGGUGCCAUAAUAAUGCCUCAUAAUCUAUAUUUACACUCAGCUCUUGUAAAAUCUCGUAAAAUUAAUCGCGAGAAGAAAGAAGAUAUCCGUGACGCUAAUCGUUAUGUCUUCAUUGAAUCUGCAAUAGCUUUAGGCAUAUCUUUAUUAAUCAAUAUUGCCGUUACAUCUGUCUUUGCUCACGGACUCUAUAACAAAACAAAUGCCGACGUUUACACUACAUGUAUGAACGCUAAUAUGAGCGAUAAUAAUGUAUUUCCUAAUAAUACAGACAAAGUAGACGCUAAUCUGUAUAAAGCCGGUGUAUUUCUUGGGUGUACAUUUGGUAUUGAAGCCCUAUAUAUAUGGGCCAUUGGCAUAUUUGCUGCGGGACAGUCGUCAACAAUGACGGGCACAUAUUCUGGUCAGUUUGUAAUGGAGGGCUUCUUAGAUCUUCAUUGGCCGCGUUGGAGACGAGUUCUCUUAACGCGAACCAUAGCCAUAAUCCCGACUCUUCUCAUAACUUAUUUCCAAAAUCUCGACAAUUUAAGCGAAAUGAAUGAUCUAUUAAACGCAUUGAUGAGUCUUCAGUUACCAUUUGCAUUACUACCUGCUCUUACAUUUACUUCAUCACCUAAAGUAAUGGGAGAGUUUGUCAAUGGUUUUAUCAAUAAAGUGUUGGCUUCAGUGUUAUCUGUUGUUGUCAUAUCAGUUAAUCUCUAUUUUGUGUUCAAUUACGUAAGCGAACACUUCUCCAAUAAUAUAAUUGUCUUCGUGGCCACCGCUCUCUUCUUCGUCUAUUACCUAAUGUUUUUAAUUUAUUUGAGUGGAUGUUUGUUAGUAGUGUUGGGAUUAAGCCGUUUGACUGAAAUUCCAAGAAUAGGCAAAUAUUUUAUGGAAAGUGAUUACAAUGAAUAUAAUUACCAAACUAUUGAUAAUCAAUCACAAGAAACCUCAAACGGUUCAAACUCGAUGUCCAGUCCCGCCAAUUGGCCCACGAGUUGAAUCUUUUAAUUAACUUAUAUGUAUUUAUACUGUAUAUCAAU